AAGAUCACAAGCAUCUCGGCAUGCUGUCCAAAUUCCAAAACAUUAGUGGUAAAAUACAGGCUUUCAGAAGUGUGACUGAGAAUGAAGAGUAAAUUGAAGACGGUGUGUUGUUUAAAUAGUAGCAAUUGAACUUAGUUUAGUUUCCCCAUGAUGAAAGGUUCAUAGUUAAGUCCAAAAUGCACGAAGGUUAGCAAAUUAAGAUGAGUAGAUGAAAUGAAAUUCAUAAUAUUGAAGAAGUUGUAAACAUUAUUCCCGAAAAUGUUCUAAGAAUCUCCACAGAUUAAACUUUAUAAAAUUUGACAAAAUAUUGAAUAAUUUUUUAGUUCAAUUUAAAAGAUAAUUAAUAAAAGCAUUUGUAUGAUGAGAUAUUAUAUCUCACUUUCAACCUACGGACACAGUUCAUUUUUGUUUGAAUGUUUGUUGCUAUUAGUGUAGCUUCGAGGCUAUUCACAUUUGAGUAACUAUUCGUCAUCAGGACUUAUUUUACAUACAACAUUAUAAGUUUACUUUUCGUGCAGUCAAAGAACACAACAAUAAAUUAUGUGGUAUAGAGAGAUUGAAAUGUCACCGACAAAGUCUUAGUAGAAUAAAUUUCAAAACAUGUGGCUGUUUGAAAUUAUUUCAAAAAUAUUCGGUCUUCUAAGGAAAGAAGUUAAAGUCUUAGUGAUCGGGUUGGAUAACAGUGGGAAGUCAACGAUAUUAAACAAGUUGCAAUCAAAGGAGACGCAGAAUUCAUUAACGAUUCCAACUAUAGGAUAUAAUGUUGAAAAGAUUAGAGUCAGUCAGAUGAUAUUCCUUUGUUUUGAUAUGUCAGGUAGUGGAGCCUACAGAAAUUUAUGGGAAAAGUUCUACAAGGAAUGCGAGGCGAUAAUUUAUGUAAUAGAUAGUUCCGAUGAACUAAGACUUACUGUUGUAGAAGACGAAUUUCAACAACUAUUGAAACAUCCAGAUAUUUGCAAUAGGCGAAUUCCAAUCCUCCUUUUUGCUAACAAAAUGGAUUUAUCGAAUUCUAUUACAGUCAAAGAAAUAGUCAAGAUUCUUGGUCUGGAACAAUUGAGAAACAAAUCAUGGAGGAUCUUUGCUUCGAAUGCCAUAAACGGUGAAGGAUUAAAUGACGGUUUGAUGUGGUUAUUUGGACAACUGAAACAAAGUAAUAACUAAAAUGUGAUAAAGAUUCUGAUAGAGAAAAGAUAUAGGUGACCCAUCAGGAUAUGUCAUUUGCUUUUCCAACGAAAUAGAAGUAAGACCCUUGGAAUUUGUGUCAAAACACUUGAAAUUUACGUUCAAAAUAUAACAAAAUCCAGAACAAAUCUAAAGAUAGGAAACCAGAUGUUUAUGCUUUUAAUCAUUAGUAAUUUUAUGCUAUCUUACCGCAUUUAUUUCAAAUGUUAAAAUUUAUAAAAAUGACUAAAAUGUACUGGAUAAAAAGGUUUUAAAAACUUUAUAUGCUAUGGCUGUCAUUCACUUUUUUUUAUGAUUAAAAAGUAGCCUUGUUUUCAUUCAAAUAAUUUAUGAUUCUUAUCUUUCGAAACCGAAUGCAGCACGUUUUUACGUAUAGCUAUUCGCUGUAUUAAAUACUUUCAUUAAGAAUUUCACUAGACCACCAUGGAAAACCUGGAAGCAUUGGACGGUUGUUUCGUCCUAGUAUGGGACUCUUCAUUGGGACAUUAAAUUAUGCAAAUUAAUUGGAGUAUUUCUAAUCAAUUAGUUAUUCAUAAUGAUUUCAAACUGUUAUCUAAGUUUACCAAUCAAGAAUAAAAUUAAUACUAACUAAAUCUAAUUGAAUCAAUUAAGUUAUGCAUUUUAUAUCUUUCCCUCCAAAUUUCAUGAUCAGUUAACUACUCAGUGAAUAUACAGUUAGUUAUGUAGAAAAAUAAUAAGAAGAAUCAAGAAAGUGUUAUAACUUGUUGUUUGAAUGCUUAUUGUCUUGGCUCUUUUAAUGAUAUUUUUUGUAUUUGGUCGUCGCUAAUUGUUAUGUCGGAAACGCUUAUCACUUAUACUCGGAACGAGGGACCUCCGCAAUUCCCACAACGUGAAUGUAAGAACACAAGACUGGCAUAAGUGAAGAUUUAUUAACCCUUAAACACGACGACGACCUUCGUCGAAAAAUACACUCAUUUAUAUAUUGAGUGUACACCUAUUUUAAUUAAUAAUUAGGAUAAAAUCACAUAUAUGAAAAAUACUUAGAGUUAUAACAAAUCACAGAC